UCAUUCAAAAAAGAGAAAAUCAAAGAAAUAAAAGGAAACGGGAAAUAUUCGCACGCACAAUCUCGCAUAACUCCACCGCGCAGAUCCACGCGCCGCCGUAAUGGCAGAUUCUCAGCCAGAGAAACAACCCGAGACACCGCAACCAACGUGCACCCCGACCUCCGGCACCUAUCUCCACCCGCGCCGAGAGCCCUUCGAGUACGGGCUCCUUCCCAUCCCCAAGCUCAUAUUCACCGACGGUAUACAGACCCUAUCCCAUUCAAGCCGGAGACCCUGGCUGAAGUCCUUCAUAUCCCGGUCGAGCAUUCGCGUCUAUUGGUCGAGACCCUGGCUUCCGUUCUGCAUGACGACUCUGAUCCCGCGGUGAAGGCCAGGACUCAGGAGGAGAUCGACGAAGUUGGGAGCUACAAGAGGUUACUGCCGAAAGGGCACAAGGAUUCAGCUGCCGUCGCUGAUGUUUGGCCGUCUACUUCGGCGUUUGAUGGGUUUUUAUCUGUGCUUUCGCCGUUACAGCUGGUGCGCAGUAACAGUCGUCGAUUGAUGCCAUCUCAAGCUGACGAAGAGGCUCAUCAGCUCUCUUAUCUGCAGAAACACCUAAGCAAUAUUCUUUCCGUCUUGGCAGAUGUUGCAGAAGGGGAAGGCGAUGAAGCUAUGGUUCUAUCCAUGGAGAAAUUUGAACAUCUUGGAUUUCUGAUGUAUUUCGGGGAUAAGGGCUCUGAGAGAAUCCUCGUGAGCCAGAAUACUCCAUUCUUUGCAAAUUCAGAUCCAGACAUGCCGGCUGCCCCAGUUCCUGCAUCACAAGAUCUUGAUUGGCUUCUCCAAAACAUAUCCUUUACCCUCGAACAUAUUGCUGAUAGGGCUUCUUCGAAAGAAAAUAGCCCCGGCAAUUCUUCAGAUCAAGAUGUCGCAAUGGCUGAUAUUGGCACCAUGAAGCCCUUAAGCAACCUAAGAGGUCCAAGUUUGAUUGAGGCUAUCUCCAAAUCAUCGUAUGUAAAGCAAGCAAGUGAUCUUAAGGCUACAUCUAUAAAGGCUGUUAGAGUCAAGCAUUGCGAACGUGUUCAUCUCAUUACUGCAGCCAAACGUAUCUGCAUCGCUAACUGCCGUGAAUGCUUAUUCUUCUUGGGGGUUAACCAGCCACCGCUUCUUGUUGGUGAUAAUCAUAAACUGCAGGUGGCACCUUAUAACACAUUCUACUCACAACUGGAGAACCACUUGACUCAAGUUGGGAUUGACCCUAACAUCAACAAGUGGGACCAACCCGUGGUGCUUGGAGUUGUCGAUCCACACGAUUCAUUAUCUCAUCCUGCUGGUGUCUCGGAUGUUCAAGCUGAAUCUGCCACACGCUUAGAGCCAAAUCAAUAUACCAAUUUUGUGGCAACCCGAUGGCCUGCUUGUUUUGGUGAUGGAAUAUCACAUAUGGAGUGUAUCCCAAGCUGGUUGGGAAGUGAAGAAGGUGGUGGAACGAAGGAUAACCCCUUCCCUUUACCUGGCCCGUAUCUUGCAGCACAGAAGAAAAAUCAUGAAAAUCUGGAAGAGGUUAAGCAACUUUUGAGGGAAACUCAACUUGAAGAAAGCCGGAAACGGGAACUGUCAAGUGAUAUCCACACGUGUUUUAAAGAUUGGUUAUAUGGUAAUGCUGGUUGCUUUAGGAAAGUUUCUCCUUCACAUGACAUGAUAUAUGAAGUUAAUUAUACAGCAUAUCAGUGUUUGUCUCUUAUAUGGAGAUAUAGUAUUUGGUAUGUUUCCAGCUCUUAUACGACUUUGGAGAUUGAUAUGCAUCAGGAAACAUCCGGCAGCUAUACUGCUUACAGGGAGAAUAACAGUAAGUGCAUAUACUGCAAGCAGAGUCAAAACUCGGAGAUUGGAGUUGUUUACUCAGCAUUUUUCCUUUAA